UGUUCUGGACGCGCAGGAUGGGAGUGCAAUGAGUGACAUGAAAAAUGUAGCCAACCGUGGGGACAGCGCACCCAAUAGCCACAACGACACAGCGUUCACGAUAAAUUUAGAGGACGCAAAAAUAAUUCAGGAGUGCACCCAUGAGUUUCUCAUCAACGAAAAGGCAAAAAUAAGAGAAAUUGGGCUAAACUAUUUUGUGAAUUCAUUUGAGGAUAGUAAUACAUCAGGAGAAGUGGUCCAUUUGCGUAAUGACAUCACCGGGAUUAAUAUUUGGAUGUGCUGCUUCAUGAUAAGCAAAUGGAUCUCCGACUU